AUGGUCCUGCCAUCCUCUUGCUCGCUCAAUGCUACAGGGCAGACACAGUUCAUGGAGAGGGGACACCGUGACACGGCCCCAAGUGGCCCCACGGGGACAGAGCCAGGACAGCACUCGAUGGCGCCCGAUGGGCCCCUUGUCUUUGCUGGCUCAAGCCCAGACAACGUGGGCUUUGCCAGCACCUUUUGGGCCUCAGCCGUGCCCCCACCACCCCUUGGGUCCUGUGGAGCCUCUGCCACCCUUCAAAAGAGAAGUACUGCUCUCCAGGACCCACAACUUCCCAGAAAAAGUGAGAAAAGCAAUGAGAAAGAGAGAAUCUCAGAAGAUCAAAGGGUGGAGAAAACUAAAGUAAAAGAACAAUACCUUCAGCAGGCCAGGAGAAGAGAAGAAAUACUGUCCCUCCUCAGGAAACAGAGAGAAGAAAGGAUUGCAAAAGAGCUGAUUUCUCGUCCAUAUAAGCCAAAGAUGAAAACCGACCAAGUAAGGUAA